AUGGCAGGCAGAAACAGGCAGAGGAAGUCUUCUUUCCUUUCUGUCUUCAACAUUUUCAAAUCCAACAACAAGCAAAGAGGGGGAAGCAGUUACAACACUUUCUACGAUGAAGGGCCAAAGGUCUCUGGGACCAAAGUGUGGCCUAGUGAUGAGGACAAAGGUCGAUGGGGGGUGGCUGAUCCUGUCAUUGACAUGAGAGCCACAGCUUUCAUUGCAAAAUACAAGAAGCGCGUGAGGAGAAAGUACAAAAAACAUAGCGUAGGCAGCAUUAUUAACAGUACCCUACCUAGCUAUCUAUACUCUUCACAGAAAAGCUUGUUUGGGUCAAGUACGUACGUGGCUUGCGGACUAAAACAAAUGUGCUAUGCCAAAAGUAUUGGUACCUUCAAAUUGUCGUUUUUUACCAUGCCAUGCAAUCAUCAACGCUGA